ACACCCUUCGUCCCCGCGGUCCGCACGCUACUUCCCCGAGACGCCACACGAUCACACCACCACAACCGGAAGACACCACAGCCUUUCUCUCGCCAACCGCAACCUCGCACAGCCGGACCGGCGGAUCCCUCGACCGCGCGCCACCGUUCAGCAACCCAGCGCUCCGGCGAUCCGGCCUCGACCCCGGCGCGGCUCCGCCCCUGUCGACCGUCUUCCCCGCCGCGACCGCGAUGUCGACGCAGUCCAUUUCGCCGGCGGCCGCGACCCCGUCCUACUUCCCCGUGCCCUUCCACCUCCAGAACCCGCAGUACGCCGCGUGGCCUGCGGCAGCCGCCGCGGCGCCGGCGGUGGCGCCGGUGCCCGUGCCCGCGUACAACGCCGUCUACCCCUUGCCCCAGGUUCAGCAGGCACAACAGUUGUUCCAGAAGGACUCAAAGAUAAUCACUCCUGAGGCUCUAGCUACUGUUAAGGCUGCUAUUGCAAAUAGCGAGAAAGACAAGAAGGUUGAAGCAACAAAGAAGGUAGUGCCUCGAAAGGCAGCGGGGCAAAGUUGGGAGGACCCAACCUUGGCUGAUUGGCCUGAAAAUGAUUUCCGUUUGUUCUGUGGUGAUCUUGGAAAUGAAGUGAAUGACGAUGUUCUUACCAAGGCAUUCUCAAAAUAUCCAUCCUUUAACAUGGCCAGGGUUAUACGGGAUAAAUGGACUGGUAAGACUAAAGGAUACGGUUUUGUUAGUUUUGCAAAUGCGUCUGAUCUUGCUGCUGCCUUGAAAGAGAUGAACGGUAAGUAUGUCGGAAACCGGCCAAUCAAAUUACGGAAGAGCACAUGGAAGAACAGGAUAGACUUUGAAGCAUUGGAGAAGGGGAAGACUCAACCACAGAAGAAAAUCAAACCGCAGAAAAGAAGUGUCCUUCACAAGUGAAACUGAUAAAUUCUGCAUGUUCAUCGUCUCAGUAUCAAUAUCUGAGAAGGUUGUCUGAAGUUUGACAGCUCCACUAUCCUGCCUGUUGCGAGCCAUGUGCCACUUUGGUGGAUGGGAAGUCUAGCGAAGUAAUUAGCAUGCAAUAACUUGUUCCAUGAGUGUAACGUGGUCUGCGCAUCAUUCCAACCUUUUUAUGGAAUUGUAGAUGUAAAUACUCUAGUGACUAGUGUCUAAUGGUGAACCAUUCUGUGAUUGGAUGAGAUCCAUGUAUAAUACUAGAAGAUUUGUGGACGUUAUUGGUGCCU